CAUCAUCACUCAAUUUACUUGAUAUAAAAAUGAAUCAUUUCGAAUAAAUUAAAAAUAAAAAUAAUAAUGUCUGGGAGAAAAAAAACCAACCAGAAAGGUGGAAGACGAGGUCGAGCAUCACCAUCUCCAAUCCCACCGAUGCAACAAAAAAGAUUUAAGGCAAAAAAUUCAUCAUCUCAACCAUGGGCAAAUAAUAGCAGUCAAUCUUCAACUUUUCAAUCUGCUGCUAGUACAGCAGCUGGAGUUGCUGUUGGUUCUAUUAUAGGCCAAGCAAUUGGAAGCACACUUGCUGGCAACAUUAAUCAUGUAUCUUCUGCUAAAGCAGAAUCUAAAAAUAAUUCUGAAGAACCGUGUAUUCCUGAAAUACGAGAAUUCUUCGAAUGUGCUUCAAGAAAUGAAGAUCUAGAUACAUGCAAAGCUUAUCAUGAUAUGUGGAUGAAAUGUCAAAAUGGAUACAAACAUAAAAAUUAAUCAUUCAUAUGAAAUGGUAUGUUUCAAAAGAUUAAAUUAUAAAUAAAAUGUUCUGAUCCUUAUUAUGAAAUAAUCAAGGACAUAUAAAAAAUUACUGAUUUAAGAACAUUGUUUAUUAACUUAACGCGUUUCUUAAAGAC